AUGGCUGGUGUCCUCAUCCGUAAUCAUGAAGGCCAUCUUCUUCACGCCAAAGCUUUCAAUCUUGGCCACAGUUCAGUUCUCAUUGCAGAAGCCACUGCGCUGCAACAAGGUAUCAAGCUAGCUCUGCAUUCGGGUCUUCGCAAUAUCAUCAUUGAAGGGGAUAACCUCUUGGUCAUCAACGCCUUUAAUAAUAUUUGCUCUACUCAGUGGAAGAUUGCCAAUAUUAUUGCUGACUGUAAGCUCAUGCUCACUCAUUUUGCCUCUUACCAAAUCAGACAUGUGUUUAGGGAAGCAAAUCGUGCUGCUGAUUUGAUAGCCAAUGUAGGGCACCUAGUAGUGUCUAGUUGA